GGCAAGAGUUGUGUGAAAGACCCCGGACAGACCUCCCUCUGUGUCAUGUACUUUUAAUUAUUGGAGGCGAAAUUGUUUUUGAGAUUGCAUUUCUCGUCUUUCCAGAUGUAUUAUCGUGUCAACAUGUAAAUGAUUUGCGUCUAUCCUUACAAUGACGUGACAUUAAGAAUACAACUUUGAAAGUCUCAUCAGGUUACAGCCACACCAAAACACAGCAAUGUGGUGGUUUCAGCAGGGUAUGUGUAUACUACCUGUGGCUCUAGUGAUUUGGACCGCUGCCACUUUCGUCUUUGCCUACAUCACUGCCGUGUUGUUGAAGCACGUUGACCCCUUGGUGCCAUAUAUAAGCGACACUGGGUCUGAAGCCCCUGAGAGAUGUGUGUUUGGGAUUAUGCUCAACAUCUCUGCAUUCCUUGGUAUCGCCACUACUUACGUGCGGUAUAAACAGGUCGAAGCACUAAUAGACCAGGGACAAACCAGACUCCAUCAGCUAAACCUACUGGGUAUUAUUCUUGGCUGGACCAGCUCCCUGGGCAUGUGCGUUGUAGGAAAUUUUCAGAAAACCACGAUCUUCUCCAUCCACAUAGUAGGGGCAGUGAUGACCUUUGGUGUUGGGGCGCUGUACAUCAUGGUGCAGACUGGGGUUUCCUAUCAUAUGCAACCACAUGUCCACAGCAAAAGCAUGUUCUGGACUCGCUUAAGUGUGGCAGCCUGGAGCACAGCCAGCAGUAUCAGCAUGUUUGUGUCAUCCAUGAUCAUGUACAGCAGUUUGCCUGGGGUGGAUCUGUCAAAGAAACUACAUUGGAUCCCAGGAGAAACAGGCUUCACAGCUCAUCUCAUUAGCACCAUCUCCGAGUGGUCGCUGGCCCUCUCCUUCGUCAGCUUCUUCUUCACCUACAUCCGGGACUUCCAGAAAAUCAACCUGAGAGCAGAGGCAGUGCUUCAUAGCAGUCAUCUGUAUGAGUCAGCGCACUAUGGCGUCAUCGGCCCUCUGAAUCCAGGAGAAAACUCCCCUCUACUCGCCGGCGGCAUCUAGAGUAGAGAACAACCGUCCCCCUGGCAACCGGACCGGAACCUUUGUAUAUGCUCCACAAUGGAGUGUUCAGAAGCUCUGAGGAGAGGACCUGAGUUAGGUGAAAUGAGCUUAAGGUUACAAAUGACAAGGUUUCAUUUUUGCUGUAUUUGAGAUUCUGUCUAAUGGAAUGUUAGAGCUGCAAAUAUUUAGCUUUUAGCUUCUGAACUAAGCCAGCCCUGCCAGUCUCAAAAGGUCACAUUAGUUAUAUGAAGAGAUUACUAACACCCAAAUAACACAAAGGUUAUUUAUAUUUUGUGACUGGUGUCAUAACAGUUAUGAUUAUGAAAAUGUUUAGAUUAUUCUAA